AUGGCGAUUCCAUCUACCUUCGAUGCGGUAAAGGCGCACCUUAACGAUAUUCAGAGAGACCCAUCCACAUCGCUUGAUAUUUCUCUUAUCGAGCGCCUUAAACUCCAGCUCGUCGAGAAUACCGCUCCAACCGUCCCCGCGACGCUCUUAUCGCAGAUUUCAGCUCUCUUGCAUAUCCUCCAAGAAGACCCCACACCUCUCACGACUCUUGCCACCAGAGCGACCAGCUACUUCAGCUUUACUGAGCUUCGCGCCAUCGAACCUCCCAUUGAUCUUAUCGCCGGCUUCAAAGCACCCUCCCCACCCAUCAACCUUCUUGCUCUCUCUUUGCUGGCCAAAGCAGGGCUGGCAUCUGGCGAUGCUGCCAUAGUAGCAGGAGAUUCAGGACUGAUCGCGUCACUGGUGGAAUUGUGGCUGUCAACUUCUUCAACUGGGGUUGCGCAAGCCGCCCUUGAUACUCUGUGGGCUCUGCUGGAAGUCGAUUUGGCUAACCACCUUGAGAACGGGGAAGAAGAUCUCACCAGUGAUGAAGGACAUACAGGCCAGGGCCUUAUGUGGAGAAGAGUUUUCAAGGAUAAAGACGUUUAUGGGCUUUUCUUUGGCUUGUGUAGCCUCCAGGCAGGUGCACCAGGAGAAUUGUCCAAGCGAGAGCGCACCGUGGCUCAGGGGAGAUUGAUGGGAUUUCUGGUUAAAGCUGGCAGUCUACGCUGGGACAUCAUCUCAAAGUCACAAAUCUCUGAGGUGGAGACUCAGUAUCAGAGCACCAGUCUUCUCCAUUUCGCGGCCUGUCAAAUGGUCGAUGUGAGUGAUGUCUUGUUGCAUAUGACACUUUUAACCUUCUACCGAGAACUUCUGGAAAUCGACGCCCCCGGUCUCGUUGCUCGGAGCUACGUGCAGUCCGCAUCAACUUUUUCGUCUCCAGCACUUGACUUUUUGAUCGCAGAAAAGCUUCACUCGAAGGUGCUGGAAUAUUAUCUGGACGACUCCAAGCUUGACCCUGUGGACCUCAUUUACCUCCCAGGCCCUAUUAUGGCCUAUGUCACAAGAUAUGCCGAGUCAUAUCCUAACCAUCUCCUUCAAAACCCCUUCACUCUUUUAGAUGGUAUAAUUUCGCGCAUUCGCCAGGCACUGGCUAUUCCCUCGGUUCAGUGGGCGCACGGAGAAGUGCCAACGGGACACCUGGCUAUCCUCGCCUCACUGCCCCGAGUGUUACUUAUUGAAGCGGGCAAGCACGGCGCCAAUCCUAUUUUGGCUAUACCUACUAGCCCUACGAACGGAGAGGCCCUUGAUGUUCUGGGCAAAAUUUUCCGCGGGCCGGUACACACUGUGGUUUCUGAUUCUAUGGAUCUCAAUACAUCGGGCCAAACGCCUACAGACUGGCACCACGAAGCUGCUGCCGCACGCAUGCUGUACUUCAUUUAUCUCAACGAACAUCCCAACUUCUGGAAUGAUAUUACUGCCGCAGCCGACGUUCUUGUAAUGAAGGAUGUUGCAUUGUCUGCUAUCACCUUCAUGCGGUCCAUAGUCUCCGCUAACUGGCAGCCAUUGCCUCCAGCCACUCAUGUUUCUGGCAUCUCGUCUCGGUUCCAACUACCAUCCGAAGAGGGGCUAGGACAAUUGUCUCCGGCUACCAGUGGUCUACUUCCUCUUUCUGGCCCUUGGGCUGUCAUCACACCGCCUGCUCUAACUACAUUGCUUCCAUAUCUCUUCAAGCCGCCUCGCUCCUAUAACGAAUUCGUAGGUGGCGGUGCUGGUGAUUCUCAGAAUGCUGUUUGGAAAGUGGCCACUGCCAAGCAUGAUGUCCUUGUGGCGCUGUAUCGUGCUCUUCAGGAAAAUGGGGGACAAAUGGAAGGAUUUGAAGAUAUCCUACGAACUCUGCGUCAACGAGUGAACGAGGGUCCUAUGGGCCCAGUUCAGCAGACCUCUGCUCAAGUGGAGGCUGUUGGUCUUUGA